AUGAGAGGACGAGGUUUCUGGAAACUAAAUACCUCAUUCCUAAAGGACGAAGAAUAUAUAAAGAAAAUACAAUCAAUUAUAACUCAAACUAAAGAUGAAAAUGCACAGGAUAACACUAUCACUCCAAAUUUACUGUGGGAAACGAUAAAAAUGAAAGUUAGAGAGACAUCAGUUGAGUUUGGCAGAAUAAAUAAGAGAAAGCUUUUUCAAAAACAAGAUGAUAUAGAGAAAACAAUCAAAAUCCUAGAGGAGCAGACCGCUAACACUGAUGUCAAAAGACUGUCCAAAUGUAUAGUCAGAGCUAGAAAAGACGGGAACUUGAAACCAUAA